AUGCUAACAGUAAAUAAAAUAAUUAAAAGGAAUACACUUUUCUGCAGGUGUAAUUUUUUAAAGACUCAUUAUGGUUUUCUCGAAAAGGCAUCUUCUGAUGAAGAAUUACAUUAUAGUUUAGCAUAUGGUAUUCUUGUGCACCAAAAUAUUGACCAGGUAUUUUACAUGCUUAGUGCCAUAUACCAACCUCAAAAUGUGUAUUGUAUUGCGGUUGAUGGCAAGGCAACUCAAACGUUUUGGACUUCAAUUAAUUACCUAAAAAGUUGUUUGCCUAAUAUAACAAUUAUAAAAGUUCCAGUCGUAAAAUGGUGUACUUACUCAGUUCUUCACGGAGUUCACACUUGUCUGAAGAAUCUUUCUAAAUCACCUUAUGAGUGGCAGUACUAUCAGUAUCUAUCAAACAUAGAUUUACCUCUACGAACGAAUCGUGAAAUGGUGCGCAUUUUCAAAAAAUUGAAUGGUUCUAUUAACGCAGAAGUACUAAAAUUCCAACCUUUUCGAUUACUGGGAUCGAAGAGGCCAGUACCUUAUAAUUCUAGUCUUUCGGCAACAUUCAGUCGAAAAUCAGCAAAUUUUUUUGCGAAUAGCGAUGAAGCAAAUGCAAUUUUACGCUUUCUGAAGUCUACAUAUUGUCCCGAUGAAAGCUUUUGGCUGACAGUAGCUGGAAAUCCAAAGAUUUUAGAUGUUGCAAUGCCUGGAAAUUUUGAUGGCAUGAAAUUUCUUACUAUGAUUAAUAACGUAGCAAAACAACGAAGAAAUUCGUUUUACAAGGAUCGCAGCCAAAAAGUUUACUAUAUUUCGCGUUACCAGUUGUGGUUACAUGGGCGUAGAAAAUGCCAUGGUAAAUGGAAACGAGCUUCAUGCGUGUUUGGCGUACAAGAUAUACGUAAUUUGAUUAAUCAACCACAUUUGGUAGCGCAUAAAUUUCUUCUUUCAGUUCAACCAGCUGCAUUUUUCUGCAUUUACAAAUUAGUACGUGAACGAUCAUUACGUGAUAUUAGUGAUUUUAACGAUGGUCCAUAUGGUAAUCUUCCUGGGCCACGUAUUACUCGCGGGGAAAGUGUGAGGAAUUGGUUUUAUGAUUUUCAUGAUAACAAAAGUUGGUAUAGAUAUUAA